UAACGAUUUUAUUAUUAUAUAAAAUAAAAUUAAAAAGGCUUGCGCCCUUACAGUACAGUUAUACUACAAACAUUUAAAAUCCAUGGAUGAUAUCACCGGUCGCACCCAUUUAUUAGUAUUUGUAUGUAGGUAUUAUAGUUAAGUAACAGUUUGUUACAUUAGAUUUUAAACGAACACUGCUAUUAUAAAUAAAAUGGACUCCAGGAGUGAAUACAAUGUUUGUGCUUUGGAAAUUCGGCUCGAUUUAUUCAAUUAAUAUCAUCGUUUCUGUCGGUCGUUUUCUGAAUAUGAAUUGUAAAUGUGGCUUUGUCAGUCGUGGCUGGUAGUUGCUGGUGCUUACUGGAGCUAAUCAACAAAAUUGGACUGUUAAUACUUGCUACAUUGUAGUGACGAUGUUGCAAAAAGAAUAAAAAACGCACUGUGAUUAAUUGUGAUAUACUACUUUACAAAGUCCCUUUUAAGCAUGAGCCUGUCUCUGCCUCUUUCAUGCUCUCAGAGAGUAAAAGAGGCACUUUCGAGUGCCGGCAUAGAUCAGAAGUUAGACAUCGGUUCAACUAUGGCAAACAAAAUUCUAGCCCCUGUUAAAACAGAACAGCAGAUUUUGGAAAACUCAAUGUUGGAAGAUGAUCCCAAUGCAAAUUGUGCUGUUACUCAAGAAGAAAAAAUGCGACCACGAUGGGGCCCGCAACAUAAAGGAGCCCAAGAAUUAGCUAAUCUAUACACAACAGGUAAAAGAACUCAGGAAUGCAUUUGCGUUGGUAUUUGUAUCACCCUUAUGGCUGUCAAUUUUUUUUUUAUCGUUACUCAUAUUCAUUUGGCAAACUUCAGUAGUAUAAUACUGGCAGCAUUGUUUGGCAUAAUGACAGCAGAUUUUGCUUCGGGCCUUGUACAUUGGGGAGCAGACACUUGGGGAUCAGUUGAAUUACCUAUUAUAGGAAAGAAUUUCCUGAGGCCUUUUCGUGAGCACCACAUUGACCCUACGUCGAUAACUCGGCAUGACUUCAUUGAAACAAACGGAGACAAUUUUGGUGUCACCAUUCCAUUCCUAGCAAAGAUAGUUUGGGAUUUUAUCGUUUUGCCAGAGGAACAACUUCGAAAUAAAUUCCUUUGGAUCUGUUUUGUAUUUCUGUUGGCUAUAUUUGUUGCAAUGACAAAUCAGAUCCAUAAAUGGUCUCACACAUAUUUUGGGCUACCCAAGUGGGUAAUAUGGUUACAGGAGCACCACGUUAUACUGCCACGUCGUCACCAUCGAAUUCAUCACGUGGCACCCCAUGAAACAUAUUUUUGCAUCACAACCGGAUGGCUCAAUUGGCCCCUGGAAAAGUUGAGAUUUUGGGGGAUCUUAGAAUACAUAAUCGAGUUCACAACAGGAUAUAAACCCCGAGCUGACGAUCUCAAAUGGGCACAAAAGGGAAUAAGAAAUGAUGCACAACGAAACCAAAAAUAAUUUAUCUUUAAAACAAAUUUUGCUUUUAAACUAAUAUAUUCAUUAUUAUAUAGUAAGCAAUCAUUUAUCAAUAAGUAAUUCAAAAAUACACACAAGUGCAUCUUAAUAUGCAUUUUAUUGCAUUGAUAUCGUUUAACAUAAAUAAUUCUUUUAUUAUUAAUUUUAUCUUGGUAAUAAAAAUGAAUUGUUUGCUUUUGCAUUCCAAAAAUAGUGAACGCAUACGUGUAUAAUUAAACACAAGUCGGUGCUUUUCGUGAACGCUUAGACAACUUCAUAGGUUACCUUGACAGUUAUAGGCAGCAGCAUUUCUAAAAAGACGCUAUUAUUAACAUCAAUUAAUUAAUGGCUGUACAAGUAUUAAUUUAAAAAAAAUUGUACUUAUUUUAAUGACAAUCAAUUUUUCACAUAUUUUCAUCAGCAACUACUUUUUAUAUGCUGGGACCAAUAAUAUGCCCUUUUAACAGUAUAGAAAUUGGCUUAGAAAACUAAACGAAAUGCAUACUAGCGGCAAGAAAUCUGUGUAAAAACAUUGUAAAUCGAAAUGAAAGUAAAAGUGCUGUAGAGGUGUGGGUGAUCUAUCCCAGCAGCGAAAGUUUUAUUUUUUUUGUAUCGUAUUUAUUAAGUAAUACCGGAAGUGACUAAUUAAAAAAGUUUUUAUUUUUGUAAUUUAUUUUAUACUCGUAAUUGUUGAUUAGGUCGUGAUAAAAAAAAUAUCUAUCUACUCCAGCUAUAACUAAAGUACCUGCAUAACAAGAAAAAUUAUGUGCUAAAUAAAAAAAAAUAAUUCUUCUAGUAGUUUACACUGGUAGGUGUUAACUAAAAAAGCAAUUGAUUAAUUGUCUAGAAAUAAACUGGAGCGAACAAUGAUUUUAUAAAAGCAUUUCUGUAGUUUAAGCCAUUUGAAUUUGAACAGUAACACUUUGAACUUUUUCAAUAUUUUUGGGUUUUCUACAUAUAUUUGAUGUCUGCUACAUACAUCUGUUACAUAAGCAAACACCACUUCCGAAUUUCUAUUCACCGAAAUAAAAUACUUUCUUUUUACUUUCAAAAAUGCUAUAUUUUAGGGCUACUGUUUUGGACUGGAAUAGUAAUAGCUUGCAUAAAAAAUAUGAGAAACAUAGCUUCAGGGGUAGUUCGUCCAUACUUAUCUUAAUACAAGUUUUGUAUAAAGUCUCUUAAAAUCUGAUGAUCUAACUAUAAAACAAUCCAUUAUACCGUCUCUUUGCGCUUAUUCUACAUAUUUUUUAUAUGUAAUACAAUUAUUUUUAUAUUACUAUUGUUACUAUAACUGCACAAAUAUGCUUGCAAAUACUAUAUGACUUGUAUUAUCGCACAUACAAUCACGACAGACUGGGAAGCUUUACACCCAUCAUUAUUAUUGUGCCAUAAAAUCGUCUUAUCAUAUGUAUAAUAUAUGUACAAACAUGAAAAAAUAUUUUUAACUUGGACCUUUAUUGAAAAAUAUUCUGCAAGGUUAGUGAAUUAUAAAAUAAAAUUGAUAAUCAUUUUCUUUAAUUCAAAAAUGUACACCUACAUUUGUAGUUUUUUGUCUGUUGUAAGAUUUUUUUGAAUGUGGUUUUAAGGUGAAAUUUUUCUUUUUGAUUUAAUUUUUAAUUAACUAUGUUGCCAGACAAUCACCUAUGGCAUAAUAUGAUACACCACAAAAUUAUGGCAAUUGUGAUACAAAAAUGCUUAUAGUACCUAUUCUAUUACACAUUUAUAAAAUAAAGUGCUUGCUUUAUUCA